AUGCAAGACCUACCGCCUUUAUACCCUCCUCCUCCUCCGAUCAAUCCUCAAUUACCGGAGCAAGAGCAUCUGAAAUGCCCCAGGUGCGGCUCCAUGAACACAAAGUUCUGCUAUUACAACAACUACAACCUCUCCCAGCCCCGCUACUUCUGCAAGAGCUGCAAAAGGUAUUGGACUAAAGGCGGCGUUCUCAGGAACAUCCCCGUCGGCGGCGCCUCCCGGAAGACCACCAAGCGUUCGUCUUCUUCUUCUUCUUCUUCCGAUGAGAAACGCUCCUCAACGACGUCGUCUUUGCCCUCGUCAACGGCGACGAAAUCGUCGUCGUCUUCUGCUCUUCCCGGUGCCGAUGUGAACGGGAGCCUUAAUUCGCAUUUGGCGUUGUCGAUUGGGGGGCAUUCUGGGGGUUUCCUAGACAGGUCGGGUAAGCAUUUAGGCGACCCGAGUAGAAAUUCUGGCUCUGGGUCGGGCUCCGAUUGUGUCGACAAUGGAGGCAGGAAUGGUGGCCAGCUGGCCUGA